ACACAGAGAAAGGGGGAUGAUCGUAUCCAUAUGGCAGAGCUUGUGUUCUUCACUUCCUGUAUAGAGAGAGCGAGAUGGGAAGCCAACAAGGAGUGAGAGAAAACAACUGGAAGCGUAGCACAGUAACCCAGAUCUUCUGAAGUUGUUAGCGUAUGACUGGGAGAGAGACCGACUCAAAGCAUGUGACAAUGAUUUAGCUACAGUGUAGCUACUGUGUAGGUUUUUCUGAAGGUCCCUCGGAGGGAUAGACAGAAAGAAUGAGUGAGACUGGAAGUUCCUAAAACGCUGCGUUCAGGUUCAUGCACCAGCGAUGAUGUGAAGUCACUUUGAGGAAUUCAGGUUAGUGUUUUCAUUUUUUCCGCUCUCUCUUCUUCCUCUGCCAUCUGGAGUUGUGAAGCACUUCCUUAUUUUACCAGGGGUCCAUCCGUUCUAAUCUUACAUCUACAUGCCGACCCUCAUGGUUUUCCAUCUUUGCAAAUGGAGUCCAGGUCUAGUUCUCACCACAAGGCUUGUUGGUGAACCUCUAGCUGGAGUUAACUGUUCUUUAGUGGAGUUUUCAUACAUCAGCUAAAGUUCUCAGAGGGGUGUUGCCUUGCCCUUAUAAAGCAAAACCAACUGAGUGGAAAAGUAUUUGAAUUUGUGGUGGUACUGCUCCACUGCCUUUUCAUGUCUGCGCAGUCUGGGGCUGGUGCUUGUCUUCACUCUUGGUUCCUCUUCUUGGAUUUGUUUGCUGCCAGACAAUAGGUGCUUUUGUCAGUGCGGUGGGCAGCAUGUGUAUGGAUGCUCUGUCAUCUACCUCAGUCUCACUCUGUAAUGAGCUCUCACAAGUGGAAUCGUUGUAGAUCACAAGAGGAGGAGGCCGGUCCUGGAUCUGCCCUCAAGCCAAAUAUGCGUUCUGCCUUUAAAACGCACAUGCUCAUGGGAAGGCAAACACAAUAGACAGUGUAAACAACAAAGCUUUUGAAUGCCGGAACACUCUCUGGAUCUGACACUGCAUGCUUAGCUCUUGAUAGAGAGGAGAUGAGAGUGUGGACCUCCGGUUUUGGGAUCACUGGAGAUCAACAGUAUCAAUAUGAAAUCUUUCAUCAAACUUGUGUCAACCUCUUUGGUUUUUGGAAAUUAAAUUUUAUUAUACUCUUUUAGGACACUCUUUUGACACCAUGACAGCAGCAGCAUGGUACCAUCGGGACAUCAGCCGUGUUCGAGCCGAAGAGCUGCUGGCCCAUGCAGGGAGAGAUGGAAGCUUCUUGGUGAGGGACAGCGAAUCUGUGCCUGGAGCCUACGCCUUGUGUCUGCUGUUCCAGCGACAUGUUCAUACAUACCGAAUCCUUCCUGAUGCAGAUGGGCUACUGGCUGUACAGUCCAUGCAGGGAGUGCAGGUGAAUUGUUUCUGUACUCUUAGUGAUUUAGUUGUGGGUUAUCAACACCCACACAAAGGUCUGGUGGCCCCACUGCUUUAUCCUGUUAUGCGUGAAUCAGAGCCCAACGAUGAGAGCUCAGAUGGAGAGGAUGAGAAGCCAGGUUCAACAUUUGCCACCCCUCCACCACGUGCAAUGUCCCCUGCAGGCCAGCCUUUACCUUCACCUUCCAGUUCAGCAGCUCAUUUAUUGCUACAGAGGCUUCAGGAGCUCAGGCCAAAUAGUGCAGGCUGUGAGAUUGUACAAUUACUGGAUGAGUAUCUACACAGUAAUGUGUGUAAGGACCUGGAGAAUGUGAAAGGAGGUGCAUCAGGACUGCAACACUUUCAGUGCAUCCUCAGCCGUGCAUGUGACAGUCUGCACAGUGAGAUUGACCAGACUCUUUCCAGUUUGGAAACCUUAGCGAAAGUGUUUGAUCAUCCUAGUGGGCACCUCACCUUCUCCACAAUGCAGAAUACAUGGAAGAGCCCUGAAGAAAACAUGGAUAAUUUGCUUCACAAGCUCACUGCCCUCUGUAACCUGCUGUCAUCUCUGGAGAAGAGGGUUCUCAAAGCUUUACAAGAAGCUGUAACCAAUCACAACCUAUCGUUGCAACCAGUCACACCUCCUGAGUCCAUCACAGCCCCCCAAAAACAGGCCAGACCUAACACUGCCCACAGCUUUCAGGUCAAGGUGGUCAGGUAUGGCAGGCAAACAGUGUCACUAGACAUAGAUGCAGGAGUGCUGCUGUUUGAAAAGAAGACUGGCUCAUUCGGCGUGGAGACUGUCACACACAACAGAAUCGUGCAGUUGGUGAAGAUUCAGAGAAGCCCUGCUAAGCUGAAAAUGGUCAUAGACAGUCAUCACAAUCCUCCGAAAGAACUUGUGUUUGAAAGCAUGAAGAAACGAGAAGCAUUCUGUCGGCUGCUGCAGCUUAUGAAAGCAGCUCACUCCCAACAAUCUGAACUUAAUGUCAUCUCUGUGUUUGUGGGCACCUGGAACAUGGGGGGCACUCCACCACCCGGUUCACUUCAGUCCUGGGUUACUUGCUGUGGUCUGGGUCUCACCCCAGACGAGUCCAUUGCCUCCCUGCCUCAUGAUAUCUAUGCAGUGGGCACUCAGGACAACCCGCAGGGCGAGAGAGAAUGGGCUGAACACAUCAGAGCCACGCUUCGGAGUGCAACCAACAUCGACUUCAGACAGGUGGCAGUACAGUCCCUUUGGAAUAUCAGACUGGCUGUGUUUGUGAAACCAGAGCAUGAAGGACGCAUCAGUCAAGUAAACACUGCUAGUGUAAAAACUGGCCUGGGGAACACACUUGGAAAUAAGGGAGCUGUAGGAGUUUCUCUUCUCUUUAAUGGCACCUCAAUGGGUUUUGUGAACUGCCAUCUGACUUCCGGUAGUGAUAAAACACUCAGGAGGAACCACAACUUCCAAGACAUCCUCAGACUCUUGUCUCUUGGAGAAAAGCAGCUCAGCACUUUUGACAUUAGCCUUCGUUUCAAUCAUCUCUUUUGGUGUGGAGACCUCAACUACCGCCUGGACCUGGAUGCUCUGGACAUAUUAAAGCAUGUUUCAAAGCGAGAAUUCGAGGAGCUGAUGUGUGCAGACCAAUUGACCAGAGAGCGGCACAGAAGAAAGGCCUUUUUUAACUUUAAGGAGGAGAAGAUUUUGUUUCCACCCACCUAUCGGUAUGAACGUGGUUCUAGAGACUGUUAUCUAUGGCAGAAAUACAAGUCAAGUGGGGUGCAAGUCAACGGGCCCUCAUGGUGUGAUAGAGUUCUGUGGAAAUCCUACCCAGAGUCUCACAUAAUCUGUACCUCAUAUGGAUGCACAGAUGACAUCUUCACCAGUGAUCACUCUGCUGUUUUUGCUACUUUUGAAGUGGGUGUGAUAUCACAGUUUCCCAGAGCAGAAUUGGGUUCAGAGAGAGCCAGUAUUGAGCUGGAGGCGAUUGAGGCCAUAGUGAAAACUGCUAGCAAGGCCAAGUUUUUCAUCGAGUUUCACUCCCGCUAUCUAGAAGAGCCUCGACGUUCUGCUGAGAAUGACUCACAGUACUGUGAGGUAGCAGGAUUUCUCAAACUUGGCUGGUCUUCAAAACAGUUCCCCAAGCUCCACCCAGUGUUCUCCGAUCUAGAGCAUCUCCGGGAUCAGCACUUGUUGUUGUCUGUGAAGUCAUGUGAUGGCUUUGAGUCAUACGGGGAAUGCUGUGUGGUGCUUCGCUCGGUAACAGGGAAAUUAUCGGAUCCAUUUGAGACAUGCUUGACUCACAGAGGAGAAGAGAUGGGUUCUAUUCGUGGUCGAAUCAGGGUUAAUGUACCACCAGACCGCCUAAGGGUCCGGGAAAGGGUCAAUGAGUGGCUCUGCAUGGAGAAGGAUGAGAAGGAAAUUACAAAGGAUCAUUUGUCUCGACCGUCUUCUUGUGCAUACCCAACCCAAGCACCAUCAUCCUCAUAUAUGGCAGCGCCAAACAGCUACACCAAUCCUGCAUACUUCAUCUUUGAAGGGGUGCCUGUGUUGCGAAGAGUUGAAGAGAUUCCCUCAUCCAGCAAAAAAUCCCAAGUAGAAAGGGCCAAAGAUGCUGUGAUACAGCUCCCUAGAGUGACUGAAGGUCACAGCCAUGGCAAAAGGUCUGCUCGGAGGUCCGAUUUCACAGAGAUUGACAUUCCUGGAUCUUUAGCACCCUAUAAAUCAUCUUGCGAGAAUCAAAGUGAACUGACAUCAACUGCGUCCUCUUAUCAGCUCUUCCCAGGUCCAGAUGUUCCUAAUACAUCCCCAAACCAAAGACACACCACCUCCUCCAAUAUAUCUUUACAAUUACAAUCCCAUAAGAACAGUAUGACACAGGAUUCAGUAUUAUCAGUCAAAAAAGUCACAAACUCCUACAUGAACAGUUCUGUUUUUUGUCGGGACAUACAGGCACCACUCAAAGAAAAAGUCAGAAAGGACUAUAACAGGAUACACCAAGUUCGACCCAUGCCAAUACGGAAUGGACCAAAGCUAUACCCAUAUAUGUCCACAACAGUUCCCGUUCAUGAAUCCACAGCACCUUGGACAGUAGAGCAGUCAACUACAUCUUCAGGAGACAACUCACUUACAGCCCUCCAAAUUGCUAAAUCACUAAGUGAGGUGGAUUUUCAGCCAGUAGACAGGAAGUACCAAUAUAAUCAAAUAUUGUCUCAGGAAAGACAUCAUGGAUAUGAUUAUGGUUUAGCUAGUGAGAGAAACUACAGCUGGGAGAAAGAGGUGUCAGUCUUACAUGGAGCUCCAGAAACAGUGUGGGAGCUGCUAAGCACAUUGGGUUUGCAGCGCUACACGCUGGACCUCAGCCGUAACGGCUGGGAUGAUCUUGAUUACUUCAGUGGUAUUACAGAGGAGGAGCUGUGUGCAGCAGGUGUGUCUAACCCGUCUCAUCGACAAAGAAUCUUGGAGAACCUUCCAAAGAUCUGGGACUGAACUGAAAAGAAACUGAGACUAUAUGACAAGUUCAAUAUUUGUAUUCUUAAUACAUAUAUA